UUAAAUGGGCCCAAGCAUAGUUAUCUUAAACCAGCCGGCCAGCCAUACUGCUACCUCCUCCUGUCCGCAACAGAAACAAACGGCGGCGCCAAUCGUUGAGCAUGGCGGUGCAAUCGCUACUAUAAAUUUCCAGAACAUACAAGAACAAAGAGAAGAAAAACAUGACGAUGGAAUGAGUUGCAGAUAAUUGACUGAAACAAUGUUUUCCGGCACACGAGGUCCAACUUCGUAAGAGCGGCGCCUUGCGGCAGAUUCUUUUGCAUGAAUUCGUUGCCAAGCCGGAAAUUAGGGUUUUUCCUGUUUGAUUCAAAAUUUGAUUAGCAAGUGGACCAUGACGAGCGCUUCAAAUUCUUCCAAAGGGAAAAAGCGCCAAAGAGAGGAAGGCACUGAACCUGAAACUGGCGAUGUUGUCGAUCAUAAGGUUUCGCUUGGGGAUAGUCUUACUUUUAGCGAUACUUUGGUCGCGCUUCGGAUAAUGCGAGCUCAAUUCCCUUCCAUCGAAAAGGUUUCAAUUCAGCCGUUCAUUUUACAGUCACAAUUGUACAGCAGUGUAAAGGAUAGAACGCAAGUGGAUCGAGAACUAGAGUCUCUAAGGAGGGAGAAGGUACUGCGCAUUUUCAAAUUAAACACUGGACAAGAUGACCACGCUAUAAUGUUUUUGGAGGACUAUCUCAUCCAGAUAGACGGUGUCAUGAAAAGAAUGGAAGGGAAGAUGCAAAGUGAUAUUAAAGUCUUUAAGUGGUUA